AUGCGUUUCUCCAGCCUCCUUGCCCCGAUCAGCCUGAUCGGCAUGGCCUCAGCCCUUCCAUCUCUCGCCAAACGUGGUGGUGGUGGCGAUGAGGGAAAGUGUAUCCCAUACAACACUGCGGUCGAGAUCGUUGAUCAAUUCGUCUCAACACUGACCAAUUUCGACACCAAUGUCGCUACCAAUUUGCUUGCUCCAUCCUUCACGGAUACCUCUGACUCCAUCAACUUCCUUGCCGGCAUUCCUUUGGGAUCUGUCACCUUCCCAUCGCCCGCAGCAUACAUUGCCGGUCAAGGCACUCAACCUCCUAUCGGUCUCGACAUCCUCAACAUCGACGCCGUCACUUGUGAUGGUGUCAUUGUUUUCAGAUGGCAAGCUUACGUUGGAAUACAAGUCGGCCCCGUCAAGGGUAUCACCGUUUUGUAUGCAGUGCAGUCCGGCUCUGAUUGCGAUGUUGUUGGUCCUACCGGAUACCAACUUGGAAAACUCUACAGUGAAUUCAACUCCGCUGUCUGGACCUUGGAUAUCGGUGGCACCUGCACUCCUCCCUCUGCUCCCAGCCGCUUGUUCAAGGUGUAA